AUGAGUUUUGAAGUGGCAGAAUCGGGUAAGCAUUUGAAUAAUGUUCAGGAAAUGAAAAAUAUUUUAAUAAUUUUUUCCCUUAUUUCAUAUAUUACAGACGCGACCCUUAGCUCAGAUGGCGCAGAACAAAAAUCUAAUGAACCUGAGAUAAACAAUGCUGUCAUGUUGAGGCAGAUAAUGACAGAGGUGCAGGAGCUGAAGGGGCUGGUCACAACGCAGACGGCAAUGAUUAAGCAGAUGAUGAGGAUGAUGAAUCAGGAGGAAACACCCAGCAUCGCCUUCCCUAUAAGCAAUGCCGAACAGCUUAUACUCAUGGAGAGUAAACUGGGUCCGGACAAUCGGAAACAUUUCGUGAAAAAAAUUACGCUUAUCGUUUCGCAAGCUGCGCCUGGAAAAUCUAUUCGACAAGUUUUGGCCGACGACCUGAUAGUAAGCCAUAAUGUAGACGGGAGGAACGGCAAAUAUAGCUUCAAAGCUUAUCCCAACUUCCUGUCCGUGUUGCUAGAAUCAAUUCAAAACUCUCACCCCGGCGACCCUCCCGAAAAUACCCUAAGAACCAGUUUGGCCUGUGCCAAAAAUACAUUUAAUAAACAAAAAAAUAGGAAUAAGAAUGUAACAUAA